AGUGUUCACCAGGUCUGUGGCCGCGCACAGCUAGUGCUUUCUCGUCGACCUUCAUGUCCGUAAAGCCGCGUCGUGCGCUGCCCACGCCCCCCGGGCCUCCGCCACUGGAAUAUCAAGCUUACUACGUCCCGCGAGAGGUCCAUCCAGGUGGUCUCCCCGAUCUGUAUUCUUUCGGUAAUCCGUACAACUCUCCUUAUCCGUACCCUCCGUUCGUGCCUCAAACAGCAACGAGUAAUGACGAUCAGCCCACCAGCCUGAGGGGUGGUACAUUGCUACAUAAAGGCUUCUACGAUUUACUCGCAUUGAUUCCUACACCGUCUCCAUCACGAUUAUUCUGGCGCGACGAUCCCGAGCCAAUAGCAGGACCGAAAUAUGAGGACUUCAUCUCGAAUAUACCUGAAAGGGCAAGCCCACCGGUAUCUGCUGCGCCUGCAAAGAAAGGGCGAAGAAUCAGUAAGGACAUGGUAUCAAAGCCAACAGGAUUCAUUCACUUGAUUCACGCUUCCGACGUGGACCAGGCCGAGGCUCUGCUCACUAGAUGGGGACCAGAAGGACAAGGCAAAUUAGGAGAUCCCCGCUGGGCAGAACCCAUCAAGAGGUGUAUCAGACAGAAUAAUCAAGCUAAAGCUAUCAAUGAGGUCGUCAAUGCCAUGAAACCUUCGCAGACAACUUCAUACAGAUCUGAUGCAGAACCUACUCCACUUCACGUUGUGAACGGAAUGAGUACAACAACGUCAUCCACGAUUACAACGGCUGCUCGAGAGAAUGUCCCCAUAUCGACUUUGCCAUCCCCUGGUUUGCCGCCGCCUUCCUCGCCCAGUCAGGCUAUCGGACAGCCGGACAGCUCCACCAUUCGAUGGGUUGCUGCACUUACGACUCACGCCGAGCACGAGAAUGAAAAUGCGGACAGUCCCGACGAAGGCAGAGACACACCGACCAUCCCUCCUCCCCGGAAGGAAAUCAACCCGUCUUUGGCUACUUUGGAAAAGGCCGUCUCCGCGAAAAUCUAUUUCGAGAAUUUAUAUUUUCCGUUACUGCGACAUCCUCCAUCCAGAGAGCAGAGACGUCUAGCCAUGGAGAAGGACAUGGCGAAUAUGCAACUAACGGAGGUUCAAAAGGAGUCUCUACGGGCGAGAUGGCGCCAGAACGAGACAGACUAUUUGCGAGAGCAGAGGCGAAAGGUGGACGUUAGCGCAUUCGUCAAGCUGAAAACAAUUGGACACGGCGCCUUCGGCGUCGUUUCUCUUGUCCGUGAACGUUCUACGGAACAGCUAUUUGCCAUGAAGCAGCUGCGCAAGACAGACAUGUUACGUAAGGGACAAGAAGGACACGUACGAGCGGAAAGAGACAUCCUCAAGUCAGCUUCAUUGGUCAGCACUCCCGGAGGGGCUGAAUGGAUUGUCAAAAUGUACUACAGCUUCCAAGAUCGUGACCAUCUCUACCUAGUUCUGGAAUAUAUGGGCGGAGGGGACCUGUUAAACCUUCUGAUAGAGAAAGAUAUAUUUGAAGAAGACUUUACGCGGUUCUAUGUUGCAGAGAUGGUAUUGGCCAUCGAAACAUGUCACAAACAUGGAUUCAUUCACAGGGAUAUCAAGCCGGACAAUUUCUUGUUCGAUCCGAACGGGCACAUCAAGCUGAGUGAUUUCGGCCUUGCAACGGAUCUGCAUUGGGCGCACGACACCUCAUACUAUGAGCAACAGCGCCUUCACCUCUUACACAAGCAUGGAAUUGACUUAGAAGAGUCGUACCGCCCGUCAGACGGCAUGCGAACGAAACGCUUGGACCGCAAGGAGGUGGAACGACUGAUGGGCGGCGGUGAUGGUCAGACAGGCAUCUUCACGUGGAGAGAGCGGAAUCGCAGAAAGCUGGCAUAUUCAGUUUGCGGCACGAACUCCUACAUGUCACCUGAGGUUAUUCGAGGUCACGGCUAUACCUUUUCAUGCGACUGGUGGAGCCUCGGAGUAAUCAUGUUUGAAUGCCUUUAUGGAUUCCCACCAUUCGUGAGCAAUUCGCGACACGUAACUCGGCAGAAAAUUUUGAAUUGGCGACAAUCCUUGCGGUUCCCGUCUCGUCCUCGUGUCUCCCGCGAUGGCGUUAAUUUGAUGGAGCAGCUCCUCUGUGAGCCCGAGGAUCGCCUCGGCUCUCAGACUUCGUCAUCCGUCAGCAGGCCGAAUUCCAUGAUUGUGCAGGCUAGACGAAGCGGUUUCAUAUCCACGACUGGGGCUGGUAACGCGGAUGGGGCUCAUCUCAUCAAGGCUCAUCCGUGGUUCCGCGGCAUUGAUUGGGAGAAUAUCCACAAGUAUCCCGCGCCAUAUCGUCCCCAACUGUGUGAUCCAGGCGAUACACGUCACUUUGACGAUGAUAUUCCAGCAGAGCCUCUUGCGCCGGCGAACGGUGCUGCUGCGGAUGCCACCCGCGAUCCUCUCCUUCGGGAUAAGAUACACGGUCAGGAAAUUCUCGAGGUCCGCAAAGCGCUGGCGUUCGCCGGUUUCACCCACAAGAGCCCACGAGUGAUCAGCUACGUGCGGGCUGACAAAGCCUUCGAUCCGGCGCCGAACUCAUACGGUAAGGAACAAACAGACAGGGGGCGUUCCACGAUACGCGAGACCCGCGGCAUUGGUAGAGGAAGAGCAAUCUCAAUGUAAAUGAUAUCUUAAUCGUCGUAGCGUUCUUUCGUUCCUAUGUUUUGAAUUCUUCUUGCUUCACGGCCAAACGACCGAACUGCUUGGGAGUUAUAUCUUGUUACUAAGUAGGACAUCUGUUACGCCUGGAAUGCUGUUCGUGCUGCAAUUUCUCGUAGCAUUCGCGGAGAUAUCAAUAGCCGAGAUCCUGAGACAAAGCGCAAUGAAUUUGUCCGACAAUG